GCAGUGUAGUUCGCAUUCGUCCAUCGGCAGAGCAUCGUCUGCAAAGUGCCCUCCCAAAAAUAUCUAAGAAGCAGCUGGUGCCUACGAAAACGUUCGAUUAAUUUGCAUUCGAAGCGCAUCGAGCAAAUCUCCAGGAGAAGCAGCAGCAGCCAUGCGAGUGCAGCUAUUCGGUGUCAUCGCCGUGGCCAUCGUGGCCGUUUCGCUGGUCCGCGAUGUUGGAGCGGCCAAGCGCGAGGCGCCGCUGAACAACGCCUACCUGCCCCCCAGUUCGCCGCAGCGACCCGCCUCCAAGUACGGCGCCCCGCCCGCCAGCUCCUACCUGCCACCCGCCUCCGGACCGGCGCCAUCGUUCAACUCCGGUCCGUCGAGCAGCUACGCGGCUCCCUCGCUGAGCGCCUCCUCGGGUGGUCCGUAUCCGGCGCCCGCUCCCCGCCCCUCCAGCUCCUACGGACCGCCUGCCUCGCGGCCCUCGUCCAGCUACGGACCUCCUCCCAGCCGCCCGAGCCAGUCAUACGGACCACCGCCGCAGGCCAAGAAGCCCCACCAUCGCCGUCCGUCCUCCAGCUACGGAGCUCCCAGACCAGCGCCUCCCUCGCAGAGCUACGGUGCCCCGCCCUCCUCCAGCUACGGACCCCCGAAGUCGUCGCCUCCAUCCCAGAGCUACGGAGCUCCAGCUCCUCCCUCCAGCAAGUACGGACCUCCCAAGUCGGCGCCUUCUUCCAGCUACGGAGCUCCUAGGCCAGCUCCUCCUUCCUCCUCGUAUGGAGCGCCCGCACCACCAUCCUCUUCUUAUGGAGCACCUGCCGCACCAUCAUCUUCGUACGGAGCUCCUGCCCCACCAUCGCCGUCUUACAACGCUCCUGCUCCCCCAUCCUCCUCAUAUGGAGCACCUGCUCCUCCAUCCUCCUCUUAUGGAGCACCUGCACCACCAUCCAAGUCAUACGGAGCUCCUGCACCUCCAUCUUCUUCGUAUGGAGCACCUGCCGCGCCCUCAAAAUCCUAUGGAGCACCCUCUUCGUCGUUCGGAGCUCCUUCCGCUCCUUCCUCAUCCUACGGAGCCCCAGCUGCACCAUCGAAAUCCUACGGAGCUCCCGCUCCGCCAUCUUCCUCUUAUGGAGCACCUGCAGCCCCCUCUUCCUCCUACGGACCUCCGAAGUCUGCCCCUCCACCACCACCACCACCGUCUUCCAGCUACGGAGCUCCUCCUCAGGCGCCCACCAACUCCUACUUGCCACCCUCCUCUCGCCCAGCGAAGCCUUCGCCCAACUACGGAGCCCCCAGUGUGAGCAGCUUUGUGCCGUUGGCCUCUGCUCCCUCGACCAACUACGGAGCUCCAUCGAAGACCCAGAGCCUGGGAAGCAGUGGCUACUCAUCCGGACCUUCUUCGUCAUAUGAUGCCCCCGUGGCACCGCCAUCGUCUUCCUAUGGAGCUCCCUCCUCCUCGUUCCAGCCGAUCGCUCCUCCCUCGUCCAGCUAUGGAGCUCCCAGCACCGGAUCGGGAUCGAGCAGUGGAAGCUUCUCGGCAGCUCCUUCGUUUUCGUACAGUGCCCCCAGCAAGGGUUCCAGCGGCGGAUCCUUCCACUCGGCUCCGUCCAGCUCCUACUCUGCUCCAAGCCCAAGUGCCAACAGCGGCGGAUCGUAUCCCUCGGCUCCUUCAUCCUCCUAUUCUGCUCCCAGCUUGAGCUCAUCGAGUGGAGGACCUUACCCCGCUGCUCCUUCGUCGUCCUACUCGGCACCUAGCUCGGGAUCCAACAGUGGAGGACCCUACCCAGCUGCUCCAUCCUCUUCGUACUCCGCUCCCAGUGCGGAUUCCAACAGCGGAGGAUCCUACGCAUCGGCUCCUUCCUCCUCCUACUCGGCACCCAGCUCGGGAUCCAGCAGUGGAGGACCUUACCCCGCAGCUCCCUCAUCCUCGUACUCCGCACCCAGCUCGGGAUCGAGCAGUGGAGGACCCUAUCCCUCGGCUCCCUCCUCUUCGUACUCCGCACCCAGUUCGAGUUCCAACAGUGGAGGACCGUACCCGGCAGCUCCCUCUUCCUCGUACUCCGCACCUAGCUCCAGUUCUAGCUCCGGUGGACCAUAUCCAGCUGCUCCUUCAUCUUCGUACUCGGCACCAAGUUCCAGCUCGAACAGCGGAGGACCCUACCCCUCGGCUCCCUCUUCCUCGUACUCUGCACCCAGCCCAAGUGCCAACAGUGGAGGAUCCUACCCGGCAGCACCAUCUAACUCCUACUCGGCACCCGCUGCUCCUCCCUCUUCAUCGUACGGAGCACCUGCCUCAGGACCCUCCGCCUCAUUCAGUGCUCCCUCCUCCUCCUACGGAGCACCCUCCACCGGAUCUGGAUCCAGCUCGUUCUCGUCCAGCCACUCGUCGUCCUCCUCCUUCAGCUCAUCUUCUUCAAGUGGCUCAUACCCCUCGGCUCCUUCCAGCUCCUAUGGAGCUCCUUCGGCUGGCUCCUCCCUGAACUUCCCCAGCGGCCCCUCCUCCAGCUACAGUGCUCCCCCCGCCGGCGGAUCCUCCAGCUCCGGCCCGUACCCCAGUGCUCCGUCGCAGGACUCCGGCUACGAGUACAACGGACCCAGCCAGGUGCCCGAGACCAUCCAGCAGAGCUACAGUGCCGACGGUGGCUACACCUACCGCAAAAAGUAGGGAGUGAAUGAGCCACUGCAACGCGCAUGCGCCACGUGCCUUCGAAUACUCAAUCUCCACCAUUACAACCACCACAUCAUGUCAUCACCCGUCGCCAUUCACUACUCGCAACUGUAAAUUAUUCCCCCAAAUGACAACCAAUUCGCCCAUUCCUCUUUUCUUCCCUCCCAUGGAAAUCUAGCCGUAAUUCAUUGUACCAUUAGAUGUAAAACACGAAAGCGUUCGUUAAAUAAACAACUUAAACUUGA